AUGCCGCGUCGAGGAUGGCGGGAUAUCGUGGGCGUCGCAAAGCGGGCACUCACGAGCUCCGCAAGGAGCCGCUGGAACAGCAUGGAUAUAGUUGACACACAGAAGUACGCCUGGGCCCGCCGACGCCGCUUCCAGCAGACGAACGAUUUGUUCCACAGCGCCGGCAAACGUGGCCGAACACUCUCGUUCGAGGCGAUCACUCUGCAAUUCAAUGAGGUGGAGUGGUCUUUCAUUGUCUUCCCGGCGUUUCUGGCGCUGCUAGUCAUCCUGCUCAUCGCUGCUGUUGGUAACGACGGGCGGAAGACAAGGCGGCAGCAGGAGAUGCAGGCGCUGCAGCAGCGAGCAGAUUAUUUGGCCUCCGUGCGGGAGUCGCGAUGCGCGUCAGUAGUUGCUGCCGACGGGGAAUAA